CCAAGUAUAAAAGGAGAGGCGAGUGUGGCAUAAGGCCUCACUUCAUCCAGAGCUCCCGGUCUGCUUGAACUCAUCGCGAUGGUCGCCUUCAACUUCUCCCUGAUUUUGAUGUCUGUUUUUGCGGCCAUGACUGCCAAUGCGAUGCCUCUGUUUGGCACUGGACAGAAUAAAUACGCGCGUCUGGUGGAAGAUGACAACAAAGGCUGGCAUGUCGGAAACCGUGCAGUCGAGAACGAUCUGGUCGAUAAAGGUAACGACAGCUGGACUGUUCACGGCGACGCUGCUCGCGCCGCACCGACCGCUGCAGUAACUGGACCUGCAGUCGACACAGAUAACACCGACUGGUCUAUUGGUGGCAAAAAGCCCAACGUUGGGAGAGCACUCGGGCAAGACCUGGAGGAUUCGAAUGACCACUGGACUGUUGGAAAUCGGGCUUUGGGCCCCGUUGACUACAGUGCGUUCCAACUAUUGAUUUUUGAACUUGAUGCUCAGAAGAGCCUAGACAAUGACCACUGGACCAUCGGCAACAAGCCUGCGGCUACACAAACCGUUGCGUGA